UGGGCCGCAAGGGGCGGCUGGACCCUGGGGCGGGGCGCCGCUCAGGCCACGGUGCCUCCCCAGCACCACCUCCGCAGCCCACCCCCGGCCAGGCUCCAGAGAAAUGUCUACUGUGUGGCUUCAAGUUGGACAAUGUGGCAACCAGAUAGCUCAGGAGUUGUGGCACAUCCUAGGCCUUGUCAAUGGGUCCUGUGGAAAAAUAGAUAGGAAUCCCUUCUGCUCCCGUGAUGGAAAGCUCAGUGCUGUCUGUGUGGACAGUGAAUCCAAAGUGAUAAAGAAAAUGCAAAAACAAGUGAAAAAAGGUUUAUUCCGAGAAUCUAAUCUAAUAACUGGAAAACAGGGAAGAGGGAAGAAUUGGGCAUGUGGCUACUACAAUAAACCUUUGAACUGUGAAGAGAGCCUUCUCUACAAGACAAUGGAGAGGCUUCGGAAAGAAGUGGAGCUCCGCGAUUGUUACAGUGGAACUGUGAUUUUUCACAGCCUAAGUGGUGGCACAGGGGCAGGUCUUGGCUCUCAUCUUUGCGAGGAAAUCAGAGAUGAGUAUCCCUUAGGACAGAUUCUGUCUGUAACAGUGGCCCCUUACCAGACUGGCGAGUGCCCUCUUCAACAUUACAACAUUCUAUUGUGCCUUUCUUGGCUUCAGAGGUUCACGGAUGGCAUCUUCCUGUUCUACAAUGAUGAUGUCCUGAAGAGAACAAUAGCCAGUUUGGGGAAGAAGAAUAUCCAGGAGAGCUGGGGGGUAUCCCAAGUGUCCCUGUCCAGUAUGAACACCUACAUCGCAGAUUGUGUUGCAGGUCUCUUGUACCCUGUCAGCAAUUUCCAGACAACCAGUGGGCUGAACAUGGGAGUAGAGCCUUGGGAGUUGCUGCGGGCUGUCUGCCCUGUGCCAACCAUGAAAUUCCUGCAUGUUGCUCAGACCAGCACCAGAGGUCAGGUGCUUUGGGACAGCAUGGUCUCAUCUGUGACACGCUUCUUGGCUCCUGAGUCAAGCACUGGGAAGCCUCAUUAUAGUACUUCAUUGCUGUCUGUGGCCCGCAGUAGCCACUGCUCCCUGAUCCAGCCCCAGAGCUCCGCAAUGAAGAGGUUGCAGCGGGCCUAUGGCUGUGUAUCCUGGAACCCUUUCCCUCUCUCUCUUUGGACAGCUUCCUGUGACAUGAGGGACCCGACUGGUCAGAGGCACUCACUCACUGUCUGUGCCAACCACAGCAGCAUCAUAGGCUUGCUGAAACACACGCUGGAGAAGGCACAAAGAAUGUACUCAGCCAAGGCGUAUACCCACUGGUAUAGGCAAUAUGGUUGUGAGGGCAAAGACUUUGAGCAGGCUUUUGAUACCCUCUCCUCAGUGGAAGCUGAGUAUUACAGUGCGGGACAAUGAGUAACAAUUCUCAGAUAAGCCUUGUACAGCCAUCCUUUUGUGGUCCCCUUGAAUGGAUUGAACUGACGCCAGAGGCCUUGACCAUCAGUUAAAUGAUUUCCCAGAUCUCGAAGAAUGCUCCUGACUCCCACCUAUCUUGGAGGAAAAGACAGCCACUCUUCUACUGCUUUUAAUAGCUCAGAAAGGAAAUAUCUUUUACUAAAGACAAACCAACUUUCAGCAACAUGAGCCUGCAAACCAAUAUCUCACCAAGUCAAAGAUGAUCUUUUUACCCAGGCUUAGCCAUACCUAUUGGGCCUAUUCUAAUGUAUUGCUGGGGGGGAAAAUGAGGCUAUCAACAUUACCACCAGAAAAUUAAGAUUACCUUUGGAAACAAGUAACCAGUUCAGCUGAAAAGAUGAAAUAGCAGGGAGAAACUUAUAAACGUGUGUGCUUAUCCAGAGUGAGUAUGGCAGGGAGCUGAAGCUGGUCCCCUUGUUUGUUUCACAUAUAGUCUAUUAGCCAACAAGGGACGGCCACUGUGUUCCUGGGCCUUGUCUCUAACACAGUUCCUCUAUUGCCAAAUAGUGGCAUGUUAUCUAGUUGACAGUAAGUCAAGUGCUGAAAACCGACACUAAGGGGAUGGGGGUGGGGCUUGUCAGGGCCUACACACAUCUGGAAGUGGAGCAGAGAGGUUCAGUGGUGGAAAGAGGCUCAGAAAUCCAAGAAUGCAGGAUGAGGGAGGCAGAGGGUCAAGUGUGCAUUUCUUAGCUGUAAAGAGACGUGACUGAUUCGCAAGAAGCCUUUUUAGCACAGAGGAUGAGACUGACUUUUAGGAGGCAUGUGCUAUCAACCACUUUUUAUUCUUACUCCAAACUCAGUUCUUACUUGAUUGAUAACGUGAAGAAACAAAAGUAUAUUGAAGAUGACUAACACCUCAAACAUAUUUUAUUCUUGUCCCUGCAUAGAAAGUAGAAAAAGUACUAAAGCAAAAAAAAAACAAAACCCAAAACACCAACAAAGAAAAAGGCUCAGCCGAACAGUGUAAACAUUUUCCUCUGUGUGCUAGGCUUGGCAGGGUAACAAUUCAACAGUUAUCCAUCCUCUGCCAGACUCGGAGACUGGGGGACAGCUGGACAGCAUCAUACUGGGCCCUGCCCUUCCGCCUAUGGCAGGUUGUAGUCGCUGGGAGACUUCUCCUUCAGGACGGUGGGGAUGGGGCCAGACUUCUUAUUUUGGAAGUUGGCCAUGGUUUUGGAGUAGUUUUGCUGGAAAAAAGGAGAAAAAAGAAAUAGGGGGUGAUCAGGAGGAGGACAAUUGGCAAGGGCCUGGCCUUAGGUGUCACUCAUGAGAUAUAGUGCGCUUGCUGACAUAUUACAUUGUCUGAGAAUUCAAAUGAUCCCAAGUGUAUUUUGACGACAUUGUAUUUCUUUUUCAUUCUUUAACACUGAGGAAACCACUUGUGAUUAAAAAGGAUUGGUAUUUUUCCAAAUGUUUUGAAUAUUCAGAAACCAUGGCCCCUUUUAAGU